AUGAAUAAUCUCGCGGGCGUUGUGGAUGUGAGAAUAGACCUUUAUCCAGAUACGCCAUUUGAGACGUUGGCGGAAACGCAUACCCAUUUAAGUUGUGAUGCGAACACGGUUCUUACUAUUAUAUCGGAGGUGACCUGGAAUCCUAGGAAGGCUCAGGAGGUUAUUGAACCUGGGGACGUGAAAUUGAGGGACAGACAAAUCCGAGAUGAGAAUGAUAGUCCGGGUGUUCUGAGGCGUUACAUGCUCAGCCUACUAACAUCCGGGUUGCGCCUCGCCGUAGCGGAACGAGUUUACGACCAAGUGCGAGCAAUAGUGGCGCAGUAUGCUGGUCCCAAAGAGUCGUCUCGAUUCAAGACUCUCCUUGCCUCCCGGAUGCUGCAGGUCUUCAUUGACGAACCUAGCCCUGACCCUCGUCGUUCUAACGACCCUAGGUGUAGUGGUCCUAACGACCCUGCCGACGGGAGGGCGAAGGUUGAAGAGGAGGUGCAAAAGGCGGAAGGAACAAGUAAAAAGGGACGGUUGAAGGACUUGCCCCGGUAUGUGGAAGGCCGCUUUCACGACGAGGGGCUCACAUACAUCGACCCUUCGGUACUGAGCCAGCCGGCGCGAACUCAGCGACUAUUGGCGCUGUACCCCUUGGACAUCGCCGAUCGGUAUGACGGUCGGAGGAGUGCCCGAGACCGUCUGGACUGGAGCUUAUUUCUGCACACGGACUCGGAGGAGGAGGACGACCACAUGCUUGGGGACGUAGAGCUCAUAGAUUCCGAGAGAAUACGGUCAGUGAAUAGGGAGGCUCUCCCUCUUCUGAGGGCAAUCGAACCGGGGGACGCGAGGCUUCCAGCUGCGGUGGAGAAGCGGUGGGAGCCCGAAGCGAAAAGGGCCCGGAGAGAUGUGGUGGUAGCGCCAUGCGACCGCAGCUUAAUAGAGCGCGAUGGCAGCUGGGUCUCGCGACGCGACGAUAAGGCAGCCAAGCGCAGGGAUCGGCGAGUGGCCGAUCUCCAACGAUUGGUGGACGAGCCUUUCGAACCCAAAUGCACGCGCCGCAUCACCCCGAAACAUGUGCACUGGAUGAGCGUCUCAUUCGCGCACUCCCUGCCACUCAUCACCGGCGACUCCGCCUUGAUCCGGGCACUGAAGCAACAACGCAUCCACCUAGACAAUAUCAAGGUUGCCUUCACACACCCUCCGCGCAGCCUGGUCGGACUUUGA